UGGGAGGAUGCAGGAUCCGGGGCCAGACGUGAGGAUGGAGGCCGGGGAGGCAGCGCCGCGGGCGGGGGUGGGAGGCCGCGCUGCAGGAGGCUGGGGCAAGUGGGUGCGGCUCAACGUGGGGGGCACGGUGUUCCUGACCACGCGGCAGACGCUGUGCCGGGAGCAGAAGUCCUUUCUCAGCCGCCUGUGCCAGGGCGAAGAGCUGCAGUCGGACCGGGAUGAGACCGGGGCCUACCUCAUCGACCGCGACCCCACCUACUUCGGGCCCAUCCUGAACUUCCUGCGGCACGGCAAGCUGGUGCUGGACAAGGACAUGGCCGAGGAGGGGGUCCUGGAGGAAGCGGAGUUCUACAACAUCGGCCCGCUGAUCCGCAUCAUCAAAGACCGGAUGGAGGAGAAGGACUACACCGUCGCGCAGGUCCCGCCCAAGCAUGUGUACCGCGUGCUGCAGUGCCAGGAGGAGGAGCUCACGCAGAUGGUCUCCACCAUGUCUGAUGGCUGGCGCUUCGAGCAGCUGGUGAACAUCGGCUCCUCCUACAACUACGGCGGCGAGGACCAGGCGGAGUUCCUGUGCGUGGUGUCCAAAGAGCUCCACAGCGCCCCCCACGGGCUGAGCUCCGAGUCCAGCCGCAAAACCAAGAGCGCGGAGGAGCAGCUGGAGGAGGAGCAGCAGCAGGAGGAGGAGGAGGUGGAGGUGGAACAGGUGCAGGUGGAGGCAGAUACACAGGAGAAAGGUUCCUGUCCGCACCCCUCAGACCUGAGGCUCGCUGGCCUGGCGGUGAGGGCCUCUCCUCGGCCCCUGGCCCGUCCCCCCCAGAGCUGCCGGCCCUGGUCUGUGGCUUGGAGGAGCUGGAGGGAGAGGCGGAAGCUAGGAGGGUGCUCGUCUCUGGUUCCUUGGACUUGGGCUGAACUUUCAGCUGAUUUUCUUCCCCUCAUCAAAGUUUCUCAGCCGGCCUAUCUCGGCCCUGGGUUAUGAGGCUCUGAGAGGAGGAGUGAGUCAGAGGUGGACCCAGUGCCAUCUGCCCAUCAGCGCCCGAGCAGGCUGGGAGGGAAGGGUGGGGAACCAGCCAGGUGCUGCCCUGGCCUCCACCCUGCACGUGGGAGCACCUGCCUUGCAGCCUCAGGCGCCGGGUUCCCUGUCUGUGGGGGAAGGACUGGAGGCGGCCGAGCCGGCUGCGGGUCGGGGUGUGGCAGGUGACAGCCCUGCUCAGGUGCCCAGACGCCCAGAGGGGCGAGUCACUGUCCCUGUACAAUGUGAGUUGCCUCUAAAGUGGGGACAGAUAGCGGCUCACUGUGACCUGCUUCUCUUGGCCUUGACCCCCCUGGCCAGAGUCUUGGCAGCAUCUGGCCCUCCCAGGCAGCCAGCACCAGCCCAGGAUGGGGCCUGGGGACCCCAGACAGGCGAGCUGGGUCCCCUUCCUGCUCACCCUCCUUCUGGGCUCCGAAUCCACCUUCUCCGGGCCUCAGCCCCUGUCUCUCCUCCCAGAAGGGACUCUGUGACUCACCUACCUCUUUCUCUCUCCCUCUCUCCCCCACCCCCUCCCUCCAUUUCAACCUCCUCUCUCCCUUCUCCUGGCCCCGCAUCACCCCCUCCUCCC